AUGGACGUAGAUACUUUCGAACGUCUGUUGAUUAAAGUCACUCCUAUAAUACAAAAACAAGAUACUCAUCUUCGAGAAAGUAUUUCAGCUGGGGAGAGACUAUCAGUUACUUUACGGCACUUAGCAACAGGUGAAACGCAAGAAUCGUUAUCUCUCUCAUUCAGACUUGGUAGAAGUACCAUAUCAAAAAUUAUAAAAGAGGUAGCAACAGCAAUAUUUGAAGUUUUAAGAGAUGAGUUUCUGCGUUGUCCUCAUACUGAGAAUGAAUGGCGUGCAAUUGCUAAUCAUUUCGGAGAGCGAUGGAAUUUCCAUCACGUAAUAGGUGCAAUGGACGGCAAACACUGUGUUAUUGAUCCUCCACUAAAAUCUGGAUCCAUGUAUUAUAAUUAUAAAGGAGAUUACAGUGUUGUACUACUGGCUUUAGUAGAUGCUGAUUUACGUUUCAUUUAUGUUGAUGUAGGAGCUAAUGGCAGAGUUAGUGACUCUGGUGUUUGGAAUAAAUGUUCCUUAAAGAAUCACCUAGAUAGGAAUACUUUGAAUAUUUCUCCGCCUGCUCCGCUGCCAGAUACAGAAGAUAAUUUUCCUUUUAUAAUUAUAGGAGAUGAAGGUUUCCUGUUAUCAGAGAAACUCCUAAUCCCUUAUCCAAAACCUCAAUAUUAUCUAGAGCUCGUCGCACAUCAGAAAAUGCAUUUGGUACAAUGGCUGCCCGUUUCCAAAUUUUUCGUUCUCCAAUGCGAUAUGAUCCUGACGAUGCUUCCAAGAUCAUCUUAG